ACCAUAACCACAGCUGCUACAGCUUCUAGCAACAUCGUUUUGGGUUGGCAAUUUCUCUCUCUCUCGUCGCUGACUGGCACAGCGCUGCAGCUCCAAACCCUUCACCGGAGCUCGAUCCGGAAACAACACCCUCUAAUAAAUCGAAUUGUCGCCCACGCAUCAACCCCAGCAGCUUUCCUAGCUUGCCCCGUCGCUGAGCAUCCAUCCCCAUGAUGGCCUUCUAUUGACCGAGCGAACCUCUCUACAACACCACCGCCAACAUGCUCUCAACAUCCCCCCGCCUCCAGAUCCGUCGCCCCUCGCCCACAACCGCCGAAUUCACCGUCACAACGCUGCGGCCUCUCCCAACGCCCCUCCACAUCGUCCUCCUCGUGGCCCGCCUGCUGGUCUCCCUCGCGACCGUCCUCAUCCUGCACGCCCGCUACGCCCUCUCGCCGCUCGCCGAACGCACCCCGCUGCUCCGCGCCCCGGCCUACUUCCGCUCUCCGGCCGGCCGCACCGCCGCGUGCCUCGCCGCCCGCAUUCCCGUGCCCGUCCUCGUCCCCGCCGCCGUUGCGCUGCUGUGGCUGCUCAGCCGGAGAGGCUAUGCGUGCGAGAGCCUGCUCGUCAUGAGGGGGCUGGGUGUGCAGACGAGCGAGUCGCCGGCUAGUUAUCUGGCGAACACGGCAACAAGGUUCAUCCCCACCGAGAAGAUCCGAGACAUCUUGGUCAACGAGGCGUUUCGUGGGUUCGAGGUCAGGUACUACCUCGUCGUUGUUGUCGAGGGCGAAGAAGACGUCGUCGUUGUGUUCCCUGGCUUGUUGCCUCGGUUGAAGAUUGUCGAGCAAGUAUGGAGAGGUGCAAGAGGUUGCUUGUACGAAGGCAGAGGAGAAGACAAGGGACUAAUAUCAUAGAGCUUUAUACCACCCAACAAGGGACCGUGUUUUUAUU